CAGAGAAAGAAGGCGGGGCAGGCCAAGCCAAGGCAGCCUCGCGAAACAAAAAGCGGAGACCUCAAAGGGCCAAUUCCCCUUCAAACUUAAUUCUUAAGGCAUCGUAAAAAUACGCAUGGGUCUGCAAACGAGAAAAAUCUUUUCAUUUCUGUUGCUGAUAUCGCUCGCAAUGGCCGAAUCUACUCCGGCUGCCAAACCCCUGGAUUCAUCUUCGUCAUCAUCGGCGACGGUGCAGAUCGUCUACACCGAGAGGCCCCAGGACGAGGAACCCGAGGCCUUCCACAUCCGCACCCUCACCGCCGUCCUCGGCAGUGACAAGGCUGCGAGGGAGGCUCUGGUGUAUAGCUACAAGACCGCCGCUAGUGGGUUCUCCGCUAGGCUCACCCCGGACCAGGUUUCCGAGAUUUCAAAACAACCAGGUGUUCUUCAGGUUGUCCCAAGCCGUACAUUGCAGCUGCAUUCAGGACCUGGGAGGCUGCAGUAAAGGAUGUGAAACAGCUAUAGUAUAUAUUUUUCAAACAGCUUUCUCAUGUAUAAACCAGUUUGCCCUAUGUGCUAUGUGGCAUAGGACCUUUUACCUAAAUAAGGUUUACCUUAUGGAUCUGAGCUACAUAUAAAUUUCCUCUUAUGGAGUACUUACUUCUUGGUA